AGGGAAAACUAACUCCUCGCUAUAAAUACCCCAAACCCCCCUCUCUUCGUCCGUGAAGUGCUUCGUCAUUAGGGUUUUCGAAGCUUUGAUUUAUUCAUUCUCAUCUCUCAUAAAUCAUGCCUCGCCGUAGCUCUGGAGGAAGGUCUGCUCCUCGUGCGGCUCCUCGUCCUGCUCCAGUACGCAACCCCCCUCAACCAGCCAGUCGUGCCCCUCCUCCAGCACCUGCCCAGGGUGGCGGUGGAUCUAUGCUCAGUGGAAUUGGUUCCACCAUAGCUCAAGGCAUGGCGUUUGGCACUGGAAGUGCAAUGGCACACAGGGCUGUUGAUGCGGUAGUGGGUCCUCGUACCAUCCAACACGAGACCGUGGCCACUGAAGCUGCUGGAGCCCCAGCACCUGCCAUGAGCAGUGUUGGCGGGUCUGAUGCUUGCAACAUCCACUCCAGGGCCUUCCAAGAUUGCCUGAACAGCUAUGGGAGCGAGAUCAGCAAGUGCCAGUUCUAUCUCGACAUGCUGCAAGAAUGCCGCAGGAACUCUGGUGGUGUUCUGGGUGCCUAAGCAUCUUCCCACACACUUGGUGGUGGAAAUUUGUUCUUCGUCCUGUCUGGUUUUCAGAUAUUAUGCUCUCAUCUUUUGAGAUACUUUGGAACUCUAGACAUCCACAUGACCUGCAAUCCAUGAUGUUGCUAUUAACUGAUUCAUAUCAAUAAUUUUUCGUUUGUGAACUUUGAAAAAAAUUGGCCUACUUUUGGAAGUGGGACUCCUUUUUAA